AUGGCUCCCUCCAACUCUACCCCCAAUCUCCAUACCAUGCCCCCGGAGAUCCUUCUUGACAUCAUGAGCUUCGCCGACACAUUCAAGUCCAAGGCACUUCUCGCUCGUACAUGUAGCCGCUUGUACAAGACCCUCAUCGACGAGGUCUACAAACAAGCCUCUACGUCCAAGGUCCUCGUCGGUGACGUUAUCUACGAAGCCUGCCGCGACGGCAACGUCCUCACACUGGAACGAUUCUUCAUCAACGACAGUAUGAUAUGUCGUUACGAUAGGUCUCUGUAUACUGCUAUCUAUUACUACCAAGUCGACGUUGUGCGGUGGCUACUCGAGCACGGCACAGAUCCGAACUUUGCAGUCAACCAAGAAGUGCUUACUCUUUCCGACUUACCUCUGCACCUAGCUGUUAUUUCGGUGUUGGAGCCUGGUAUUCCUCAAUGGCGCAUUCCCAUGAAGUGGCGUAAGCAGGGAUUCGUGAUGCCGCCAAAGGACUACUGGCGAGACGCAGGAAGGGCUAUCAUCAAACUGCUUCGUGAUGCGGGUGCUGAUGAGAGCGAUGUUCUCACGCAGAUAGAUAGAGACCAUUUGGAUUCGAUACAAGCUAACCGAAACACCAGCAUUAACCGUACCCUCUCCCCUAUCCGCACCUCUACUACUAAAGACAAAAUGUCGACUACUACACCCACAACCUUCCCGCUCGCCAAGCUUCCGCUUGAGCUCGUUGUGAAGAUUUUGCAUACCAUGCCUUUCCGAAGCGCUGGCCGUCUUGUUCGUUCGAACAAGACGAUGUACGCUCUGCUCAUCAAAGAGCUGUACAAAAGCACGAAGAUUCGGGGGUGGUUCCCCCUAGGUUUUGCAUGUGCCACGAACAACGUACGCACCCUAUCCCUGUGCCUCGAUGCCGGGGCCCCUCCCGACUUUCACAUUCCCAAAGAUCUUGGAUACCACAGGUGGUCCGAUGCAUCUUAUUAUGCAGUGGGGGGCUGCCGUGCUCUCCGGGAGACCCUGUUCAGGAUGCGGUCAGAAACGGCCGUGUUCCUUCUGGAGCACGGUGCAAAUCCAGACACUACGCCAGAUGAGGCCCGAUAUUCGGAUCGGUCUCCUCUUGAGUAUGCAUACCAGCGCGGCAGCCACAACAAUACCGAUGUCGUCCAUGCCCGUGACAUUUGCUUGGCCCUUGUCGACGCGGGGUGUGAUUUCAGCACUCUGAGCGUGAAGAAGAGAGUCGAAAUCUUCAAAAUGCGACUUGACAAGACUUACUUCCCUGCUGCGUGGUCUUAA